CAAACGGUGGCGUUUCAUUCAUAAAUACUUUUAAGCUUCAAAAAGAACACGUUGAAGUGCUCACAGGAGUGUUUCGUGCUGCUGCCUUCGACCCCUCUACCUCCCGUAUGGACCAGGCUGGUCGAGUAGACAUGCAGCGCUUUCGUCCCGUUGCUCCGAGGCCAGCGGGCCAGUCCUGAGGGGGAAGCACCGCUGCUCUGACUCAGUCGGCGGAGGAUGCAGCAAGGGAGCUGAGGAAGAGAGUCCUGAGCUAUACAGCCUAACACACAUACACACACACACAAAUCCAGAGCCGCUGCCGCUGCUGCUGCUGCUGCUGCUGCGCGCUGCCCUCCAUCAGGGUAAGAUCACUGGGCUGGCAGAAAGCAGGAUGUGGUGCAGCAAUAUACUGCAAAGCAAACCAUUCUUUCUUAGAUGGCUUACAAGUGUAUGGAAGUCAGAUGGGAUCUAGGUAACAGAUUAAAGAAUUGUGUUGCUGAAGUUGAGUGCUGCAGUGAUUGACUGGCAAACAAGAAGAGCUGAAUGCUGCUGGCAUGUUGCUUCUUCCUCGCUGGGGGGACUCUUUAGCUGGCUAGGACCAUGAGCAAUGAGUCUACCGUCUGGAACAUCCUACCAGAAAACUCCACGGAGAUCCCACUUGAGCCCGAGGAGCAGCCGGAUGGCUACGUGCUCCUCCUGGUGAUCCUCUCUGUCUUUCUGGUAGGAACGCUGGUCAGCAUCUCUGUCUUCCUCGUCGUUUGCUGCCGCUGCUGCCGAGGAGGGCGCUUCUGUGACAGGGCCGACAAUGACCCCGAGAAAACUGCCACUUAUAUGGAGGAGUCUCAGCCCACCCAUGAAAUCACUAUCAGGGUGGAUGAGUCAGACUGCCUGUCCAUGGCCAGCUCUCACAACCAAGAGACAGAGCGCUUCCUGUCCACCGGCCCCACAGGCCGCCGGGUCUCCUUCAAUGAAGCUGCUCUCUUUGAUCAUGGCAAGAAAACCCAGGAGAAGGGCCGCAGGUACACUCUGACCGAAGGCGAUUUCCACCACCUGAAGAAUGCACGGCUCACAAACCUCAACAUCCCCCCGCCGGCACUCAAAAUCGUCACGAUUCACGAAUGUGACUCGGCUGAAAACACCAUCACAUCAACGACCCGUCCUGUGGCUAAAUCAGCUCUUUCCAUAUUCCAGCCAAUGCUUUGCCCCCUGCCACAAACGCCGCUGAUCAGUUUGAGUGUGAAUCCCAGCUGUGCCCUCCCUGGGGAUGCUCUCAAUUCUGUGGUUGACACCAGCUUCUGUGAGAACUCUGCAGCUCUCGGCUCAACGAAGCCGACCUCCAGCUCUAUUGAGAUGAUGCGAGCGAGGCCCCGGGACAGGGGCAGCAGCGUCAGCGUAGGAGAGGCAGCGCCGAUGAUGGGGAACAGUGGUGUGGGCCCCGCCGGUGGCAUCGCGGGAAGUCCGAGGCCCGUCUUGCAGUUUCUCACCAAACUUCGGCGCCAUGCUAGUCUGGAGGGGGCCAGCCCCUACUUCAAAAUAAAAAAGUGGAAGCUGGACAGCAGCCAAAGAGCAUCCAGCCUGGACACAAGAGGCUCUCCCAAGCGGCGGCAGUUCCAACGCCAGCGAGCCGCCAGCGAGAGCAUGGACCAGGACGACAACGACACUCACCACAUAGACCUCAUCCAGUACAUUGCCCGCACCCAGGAUGUCCCCUACUAUCAGAGCCAGCCCACCACACGCCUCCUGUCACCCCCAUCCACACCACCCCCCUCCCUCGGCAGGGUAGAGGUAGAGGUGGUGGUGGAGCCCAGCUGCAGCCAUGGCGGACCAGGGGUGAUUGGCUUGUCCCCUGAUCCCCAGGAAGAGACCCUAUCUGUGGUGAGGACUGAAGGCGGCUACUCCUCAGACUCCUUCCAACCCCAGGAUUCACAGUCACUUUACCGAGACAUAUGGACACUACGUGCAUCACUAGAACAGUACGCUGCCUCUGACCAGAGCAGCAACAACGACAGGAACUCGGUUUGCAGCGAUGCUGACAGUGUUUGCUCGCUGAGCGUACGCGCGGAUGCUGACAGAGGAGGGCUUCCCAGUUACCCGUCCCAGGACGUAGGUGAUGAGGGUGGAGAGGAAGACAAGGACGUCUUUGUGUAUUCAGAUGGGAAGCUGGGUAUGCAAGAGUCAAUAAAGAGAAAACAUGGUAGCACAGAAUCAGAGCGUGGGGGUAGUGAUGGAGAAUCAGGGACUCGUAAACUGUUACAGAUGGACAGCGGGUAUGCGUCAAUAGAGGCUCCGUCACGAGGUCCAGAGGACCUGAGGCUGUUUAGCAGCAGCAGCAGCGUCACUGACAGCCCUAAAGACAGAACUGCUCACGAGAAAAGACAUCAUUUCACCAAUGCGGGGCGAACAGGCACUAUCGGUGAGAGUUUCGAGUCUCAUCUCUUUGAAGAGGAAUCUGAAGAUGAGUUGUUGCUGGGUGCCAGUGGAGGAGUUCCCAUGGAAAUAGGUGCUAGUUCUUCAGGCUGGCUGCCAUAUGGUCAGAUGCUCAACCCUCGAGAGGCUGUGCAACCUCCAGCUCAACCAGUAACCCUUCAUCGGCGUGACUACAGCAUAGACGAAAAAACAGAUGCACUCUUCCACGAGUUCCUCCGCCACGAUCCUCAGUUUGACCUCCAGGAGUCGCCAAGAAAACACCGCUCCCGCGUUCACCUUCGUAAGCAGUGGCAGCGCCACAAACAGUGGAGUGACCCCGGAGUCAGACACUUCCAGUCCUCCUUUGAAAGACACCGUAUCCCAUUGCGGAGGGGAGAAAGUGUAAACUACCCAUUGGACACAAGCUACCACAGCACACUGCCCCGCAUCGUCAGUGCACCUGACGAGGAGACCAGCGAUGGAGCUGGCAGCACUCCUGACACCCCAAAGGUUGAGCCAACAUCUACUGAGUCUGAACUGAGGAACGAGAAACUUACGGUCACAGAUUCAGAGGAACGCACAUCUUCCUCUCUUCCACCCGUUGAGCCCUCGUUAUUUGAAAAAGAUGGAGGGCUGGUUGAGCAACUUGAGACUCAGGAGGAUAGCAAACAAUGCGGACACCCUCCUGAACCCCCGGACGAGCGCUCACCUCCUCACCCGCCAAACUCCUCUGGUUACGGCCCUCAAACUAUCACAGCAGAGCUCGCGGACAAGCUGACUUCUAACCUGGACGAGAGGCUGUACAUGGCCCUUCGCCGGACCAAGGACACACCCUCAGAGUGUGUAACCGUAACAGCCGCACAUGCCUCCCCUGACCACAGCCCAGUGUAGCAGGGCUCCAGUCAUCGACAUUGUCAGCCUCACUUUUCCUCAUACACAAUUUGUAUUAGUUUUAGUUUGUGUUCUUUUGUGCAUGGCUUGAGUGGUGAAAUCUAGAGCCAUAAAUGAAACAUACAAAUUACAUGUUGAACCAGUCCACAAAUUAAGCCUGCAGACCAAGAGAUCCAAAAGAAAUUUACUCAAUAUAAGCAUUUUGAAUGUGUUUCAUGUUCACAUUUUGCAGUUUCCAAACGAACAUGAUCGAUUAUGGAAAACGAUAGAUAAGCUGAGAAACAUGUCAAAACAUCCUUCCUGCUUUACUGAUAACUGUAUCCUUUUUGGCUAUUUCUAUGUCUGGGUUCAGUUUGUGUUGCCAAUCAUGUCUUUCCAGUUAGAGUACCUGAAGCUGAACGCGCGUUCAGCCUCUGCUCACUGAUCCACUGUGAAACCAGGUGCUAUUAGACAAGUGAAAAGCUCUUGAACUGCUGCCUGUCAUAAUUAGUUGAACUAAAUGAAGGAUUCAAAUUUUGAUUAUUGUUGUCAGGACCAUAUCAGGCAAAUUAAUCUCCAUGCUCGUUGAUUCUCUGUCACUUUAAACCUCGCAAGAAAAGGUUCAAACUGGUUGUUUAAAUCAGCGAGCUCACAACUUUCUCUGAGAUGAGGUAAAUUUCUUGUACAAUCUAUCUUUUGAAGGGAACCUAUUCAAAUUUAUCUUUGCUGAGUCCACUCCUCAACUUUGUUGCUGAUUUCUUGUUUGAUUUAUUUAUUUAUUUUUUUUGUUUUACUUAAUGGGUACUUCUGCGUUUUAGAACACCUGGACAGAUGAAAGAACAAUUUCAAAACUGUGCGAGGUGUACCUGUAAGAACUCAAUAAGCUCCUAGCACUUGGCUCAGCACUGACACCACGUGUCUCUGUCUUGGCAGGAAAAACAGACCUUUUUGUUCACAGGUUUACGGCUAUCUUUUAGGCAGUUACAUAAAAGCUACUGAACAUGAUGGGUAUUUAUUGAGAGAAAUCUUUCAAAACCACGCUAAGCUCUCAAAAACAUGCUCUACCUUUCAGCGUGCACUGAUCAUAAUGUUGUGACCUCUGGCAGGUGGUGUGAAAAGAAAAAAACUUCAAAGCGGCCUCUGCAGAAUAUGAAGAAGUAAUUAAAACUGUGCUGAUUAUAUCUUCAUCAUGACAUAUGUCACUGUAUGGAAAACAGGCAGUAAGUGAAGAGCUUCCCAACAAUUGACGGGUUGGAAAGAAUUUGAUCUGGGGGAAACUGGUGUCUUGAGAAAGGGGGUCAUUGUGUUUCCAAAUCUUCAGCUUUUGUUCAGUAAGCAUCAGUAUCUGUCAAACGUGGUCCAAGGAUGUCAGUUGGCAAUGGGGAAGUAGCUAAUUCAUGCACAUUGGAGUGAAGGCCAGACUGUAUGAGCCAAACCAACACACAUACCAAGGUAGACCAUGUACAACAGGAAGUUUUAUGCAUAAUUUGGCCUCCGAAUUCCCUACAUUUCUGUCCAGUCUGUCACCAGUGGGAUUUGCUGAAUAUGCAAGUCAGAUUUCAGUAGCUCACACCAAAAGCAUCUGGAGCAAAAGAUUUAGGGAUGCUCUGGAGUUGGUGGCUCUUUGGGUAAUGUAUACUUUAUCUGGAAAAAAAAAUGGGAAGUUUGAACUUGAUCUGUCCGUGCCGCUGUUCUUAUUGGGUUUCCUUUGCUGAAUAAACAAAACAAAAAAGAACUUAUUUCAAAAUUGAACUGAACAAAAAUCAAAUCGAUUGAGUACUUGUGUGCAAUUCCAGGACACAAGAGCUGCCAUUCGAGUAAAAUAAAAUAAAAAAAAAGUGAUUAUUUAUUAGGAGUAAAGCGAGGACGCACUGCAGUACGUCAUUAAUCUUAAGCACCUUUGUCAGCUUGAUCAUUAACUGGUUUUGCUCGUAAAGUUUUUCUCAGAUGGGCUGUAGAAAUCCCUGCCUUUGUAAUACGGAGGCAAGGGAUCACUGCAGAUGACGGGGAUAGAUAUUAAGAAUAAUAUUAACAAUAAGAGGAGGGUUGCAUUCCCCAACUCUGUCAUCUCAUCCUCUGAGGCUGUUGCCCUGCAGUAAAUGUAAAGGGCUCUUUACGUUGGAUGAUGAUGAUAAUACCUCUCUCCUGCCUGCCCAGAUUAUAUCUUCUCCUUCUGCAUGAAGAGAGUCUUCUUUUAUUGCAAAGCUGAAUUCCUUCCCUGACUGAGAUGAAUGGAGGUGAAAGCAAAUAAGAGAGACCGGAGAGCCUUAUGACUACUGCUUUUUCCUUUUACUCACGCCACAUGCAUAUUGAACCAUUAUGGCCCUAAUAUUUGAUGUCAUCAGCAAGGGGGUAACACGAUAUACCAGUAGGAUAAAAGCUUUCUUGUGAAACAGAAGGACAACUGCUUUCCCUACACAUCGAAAGCCUGAAACAUCCGUGACACAGCAGCUUCGAAGCCACAGAGAAAAUGGCCAUAUUUAUCGAGUGAAACCGUGCAGAUGUAAAAUAAAAUAUAUAUGUGAUACAGUUUGCUGUGCAUUCCAGCAUAAUAUUGCAAGAGCUAGGCUAAAUCAAUGUUCCUCAUUAGAUUUAGACUGAUACUGUAAAAGUGAAGUAAACGGUGUUUGUAUACAAUCAGUAGCCUGUCAAAUGCAUUGGUGCCAUAGCCACAUGUAGGACUGCAUGAGAGUUCACAUUUAAAAGCAGAAUCUUUAUCCUUUCUCAGACUUAAGGUGAAAGAAAAAUAAUCAAGUCCAUAAUUUAUAAUUAUUUGUUAAAGGCAGAGACGUUUUGUAUGUUACGGGAUUCACUUUUGAAGAGUCAGACUCAACCGGUGUAACCCAUUAGAUUUUGUGUAAUUUCUUUCUUUAAAAAAAAAAAAAAAAAAAAAAAGUAAAUCUGUAUUAUUUGCUUGUUUGUGAACUUCAUUUCUUUUGGGGAAGAAAUGUGAUGAGCUUUCAUAGCAACUUAGCUACUGUUGAGUCGAACCUAUUUAACCUUAAGGGACCAAAUAGUUUGAAAAAACAACAACAGCAACAAAAAAAAAAAGUGUUAUUUUAGGCUUGGUUUACAAUCUGUCAAUAAAUGAAUGAAGCGAAGCUGGCCAGAGUGUGCUUUAUUCAGAGCGAAUGGUAGUUUAUCAGCGCGUGGGAACUUGGUUUGCCUCUCGUGAAUCUCAUUUCAUUUUUCUCUCUGCUGCUGCGGCUCAUAUUGAUUUCUUUUCGUGCCCUUCUCUCCCCCCAAAUUAACUGAAUAGAAAAGCCAAAUCAAGUUCUGUCAUCUACAAAGGGGAGUUGUCAAAUGUUUGUCUUCUUCAUGCCUUUCAGGCCGCCCCUCUUGUCAGACAGAGGGUUUAACGCCUCACCACGAUGGGAUUUUACCCCAAUGGAGACAGAAUUCAAUUAUACUGGAAUUCACAAACAGCACCAGAAGUCAUCAUAACCCGCUGUAACGUUAAACAAGCUUCCAUGCCACAUUGGCUGAGCUGCAUCUACGGUACAUCUACUCCAGCCAACCGGGAUUGGGUGGUGAGCUGGUCGUCGAGCAAAUUAUGGGACCUCAUGAAAUCUUAAAAUCUCCCACUAGCUCCUUGAUUAAUUAAUGUCAAACAUUAAUCAAAUUAUGUCUACUUUGCCUUCCGGCACCACAAGAUUUUCCACUUCCAAGCGUCAUACAGCGCAAUAAGAUUGUAAAAGUGGUAUUUGGAUCUCAAUUUCACAUUUUUAAGCUGAACUGACAAACCUUUCUUUCUCCCCCAGACUGCUGAGAUGCACUUUGCCACAUAAUUGUGUAGCUUCUGUUCUCUGUCUUGGAUGAAACUGCUGCAAUACCUCAUGCUGCCAUUGACUAUUUGUUCACUAUCAGACUGUUUUUUUAGUGCUUGCAAGUUUAACUUUGCUUCUUUCUGAGACAAACUUUUAGGGACUUUAACUCAA